UCAGAUUCGUCCGACUUCAAACUCCCGUGUAAGGCAAAAAGGACAGAGAUCUCCUUCCCGGAAGUAACAGACGUGUCCGGGCCCGUAUCUCUCGCGGAGGGGGCGUCACCCAGCGACUUCCUCAACGUCACUCUCCAAUGGCGGAGUCAGAAACUGGACGUCCUCUUGUUCCGGAACCUCGUGACCUCACCCGGCACUCUGACCGAGUGGGAGGAAGGGAACGUCACGUAUGCUCAGGUGUCAGACAAACAAUGCUUCUACGUGGGUUAUAUCGUGGGCCAGGACGCCUCCUACGUGGCUCUGUCUGCUUGCGACGGUUUGGCCGGCUACAUCCAGACAGAAGAUGAGCUUGUCUUCGUCGAGCCAGCCGCCAGGCCGUCCCACGACAAUAAACUCGCGCACACACUCUACACCUGUGAGGCCAAGAUGCGGGUCCCACAGCCAGAUUUUUAUACAGAAUCUACAGCCCAGCACAUGCACCGACGCCGGCGGGCAGCCAGGCCACCCAAGUACCUGGAGGUGAUGGUCGUCGUGGACCACUCACUCGUGAACGCUAUCGGCAGCAGGGAGAGGACGGAGCUCUACGUCAUGAGUCUCAUGAAUAUCGCUAACACAGUUUACCAACACAAGACUCUCGGUGUGGACAUCAGAGUUGUCGUCAUCAAAAUCGUCUUCCUGGAAAAGAGGCAG